AGUCUUGCUUCCCGGUUGUGUGUAGCAAAAUGGCUGCCAAACUAUAAUGAGUGUGACGUUCUCCGAUGUGUUAUGUUUGUGUCGUCCUUCAGUGACAUUUUUGUGCAAAUAAAUUAUUGUGAUAAUAAGUGACAGUGUUUUUUUUUAUCUCGGACAAUAUUUUUUAGUAACAUUCAUCUACUUUUUACGCACAAGGAUAAACCCUGAAUCUCCAAAAUUAGAUCAUCGAUCUUUGGUCUCUUGGGUUGCGUGCGAAUUCCGGCAAUUAGUGAUUCUCUAAUUACAUGACUAAUGGACACGUCGGUCGACUUAGUUGGCAGUUAAGCUACUUAAUUAUGCUCAGUAACAACUAAGGGUCCUCUUUACGUUACUCUGGUAGACAACAGGAAGACAGGAAGCGUCAACAACAACGCCUAAGACUUCCGGAACAAGACUAUACUCUCACGCGUUAAUUUACAUAACUAUUUCUCAAAAAUCAUAUUGAAUCAAGGGACAAACACGUGGUGAAGAUGGCUUCUGAAUCAAGAAUUUAGGUUUACGUUGUGAACUAUCUAAUCGGCAGCUGCAGUAAUGCCAACGUAUCACAAUGCGGGUGCUGGUUACCCAAACGUAUCUGCUCCAGCUCGCCAGACUAAAGUUGAUGGCAAUCAAAAUCAUCAUACAAUUCCAUCGAAUGUAACAGCACAAUCUCUCUUCCAAAACGCUCUUCAAUCCAUGCAAACGAUUCAAUCAAUUCACUCUAUUUCAUCAAUUCCUUCAAACUUAACUGGAUCCAAUAUGCUGCCACAUCCAGUAUCACCGAUUAUGACGACUCAUUCGAGCGUUACAACCCAAAAUGCACCAACUCACAUGAGUCCUGUGUCUUCACCAGUCAUUCUCACUCCAAAUAUCACUAAUCCGAGUAAUACCGCCUUAGUAAAUACCAGACAUGAAGUGAAACUCAAUGCUAUGCCUUGGUUUCAUGGAAAAAUCUCAAGAGAAACUGCGGAAAGACUGUUGCGGCCGAGGGAGGAUGGUCUAUUUCUAGUCAGAGAGUCGACAAACUUCCCUGGAGACUAUACUCUAUGCGUUUGUUUUCAAGGACGGGUGCAACAUUAUAGAGUAAAAUAUAAAAACAAUCAACUUACAAUCGACGAUGAAGUAUUUUUCGAAAAUUUAGCACUUCUUGUCGAACAUUAUGAAUUAGAUGCAGAUGGUUUAUGUACACAGUUAACUAAAUCAUUGCCGAAACAAGGAAAACAAGACUUUUGUGUAGACCCUAAAGCAUUUGUUGAAGCUGGAUGGGUUAUACAAACACAUGAGCUUGAACUCAGGGAGUGCAUUGGCAAGGGAGAGUUUGGUGAUGUGUUACUGGGUGUUUAUCGUGGUGAAAGAGUUGCUGUUAAAAUGUUAAAAGACAAUAGUGAAGCAGCUCAGAGGUUUCUUGCUGAAGCGAGCUUAAUGACUUCACUUAUUCAUGAUAAUUUGGUGAAGCUUCUUGGUCUUGUAUUUAAUAAUCAACACAUGUACCUGGUUACGGAAUAUAUGAGUAAAGGAUCGCUUGUUGAUUACUUAAGGUCAAGAGGCAGAUUGCACGUUACCAAAAAAGAUCAAAUUAAUUUCGCCUACGAUACAUGCGCUGGAAUGGCAUAUUUAGAGUCUAGACAUGUUGUACAUCGAGAUUUAGCAGCGAGGAAUGUUCUUGUCGCUGAAGAUAACUCGGCGAAAGUGUCAGACUUUGGUUUAGCACGCGAUGAAAAUUUUUCUCUCGAUGGAGGCAAAUUACCGAUCAAAUGGACUGCACCUGAAGCUCUUAAGCAGAAUAAAUUUUCAAAUAAAUCUGACAUGUGGAGUUUUGGAAUCUUACUGUGGGAAAUUUAUUCUUUUGGUAGAGUGCCGUAUCCGAGAAUACCCUUGGCGGACGUUGUAAAAUGUGUAGAAAAAGGAUAUAAGAUGGAAGCACCAGAUGGAUGUCCUUCUGAGGUUUAUGACAUCAUGAAACAGGCAUGGGAUUUACAACCGGAGAAACGACCAUCGUUCUGCGACAUAAAGGCCAAACUCGGUUUUCUUAAGGCUGAGUAUACCAAAUAUCCGAAUUAAUUAAUUCGGUUCAUGAAAGCAAGUUAUAUGUAAACUAUUCAAUGCAAUUUUCUAUUUGAUCUAAAACCGUAACUCUUCAAAAAUACAAAUUUGUAAAAAAAUUAUGCAGGCCUCUAAUAUGUUCUAUUUAUUAAAGUAUAAAGAAUUCGACUGUAAAUUUAUAUACAUAAUCUCUAGUGGAAAAAUAUUUUGAAGUUAUUUCUAACUUUAUUGAAAAGGAAAAUUCUACUUAUUCACUGUAAAGUAAUUUUGUAUCAAUUUACCCGAUUUUAUUUAUUUUUUGUUACAAUAUUAUUCAAUUACAUUUCAAUUUCAAAAAAAAAAUAUAAAAAAAAUUUUAUCUUCAUUUUACAAUAAAUCAAUACAAUGAAUACAUUAAAAUUGCAACUAAGUAAUUUUUUUUAGUUGGUAAAUCUUUAUGCGGAAUUUUUAAGUGUGUAUCAAGAUGUUUUGACGUAUUGUGUUAAUUGAAGUUGAAAAUAACUUUUUUAAAAAAUAUUUCAGAGAUAUGUUUUUUUUAUACUGUACAUGUCAGAAAUACUAUCUAUGUCAACUGUGCCUUUUUUUAAGUAGAUAAUCUUUACAGAGAUUCAACUUGCGUCACUGAAUUCACGCUCAUUAAAUUAGCAAUAAGUAUCUCUCUUGAUUCAUGAAGAUCUAGAGAGAACAUAGUCAUGAUUGACUUUCAUACCAUGCUCUCAUUUUAACUGAAUAAUACAAAUAUGUACGUCGUCCGUUCAAAAAAAUCAAGAAUUUUUUCUAAAGAAUAAUUUAUAUAAAUAAGAAAAAAAUGAAGUAUAGAAAAAAAAUAUUACUGAUAUGUUUCAUCUCAGAUUUAAUCUCCAAUUGUAUAUCAGUGCACAAGACUGGUAAUUUUUAAUUGUAUCUUAUAACUUUAUUUCAAUUGAUUAAAUAACUGUUUGUACAAUUAAAUUGAUAAUUGCUUGAACAAUUCAAGUAUUAAAUUUUGAGUAUUGAUUUGAUAAAAUGUCGUGUUCAAUUUUUAAAUUAUUAUAAAUAAUUAUUACUGAAGUAAAUAGUAAAAUUAUGGCACAAAUGUGACUGGUACUUUAGAACAGUCGGUAGAUUAUAAUCGUAAAAUUUAUACACAAAAUUUAUUAUAAUUAAUUGAUUAAUAUGAAAUUGUUAGUUACUUUUAUAAAACGUAAUUAUAUGAAGAAUGAUCUGCAUGCAGAUAAAUCAAUUUAUCUAUAAGUUCAUAACAAUUUUAUUUUUUUUCAAUCAAAUACUGGACGAUCGUGAUUAUAAGGUAAAACAGUACUAUUAUUAAGUUUUUUUAUCAAAGAUUUAUCAUAAAUAGUUGUCAUUAAGAUAAGAAACAGUAAAUUAUUGCAAGAAACAAUAAUUCCAUUAAUCGUUAUUUAAAUUAAAUUCCUCGAAUAUUUUCGAUAAACAUAGGUAAUAAAUUAAAUCAAUAAUAUAAAUGUAAUAAUAAUUGUAAAUAGUUUUGUAAAUAUUCAUCUCAUAUAUGAAACUAACGAGAGUUUAAUUUCGGAUGUUAAAAAUACUUAGAGAUUUAACAAUGGACUUCAUCUGUAAUUCAGAUGCAUAUUUAUAUCAUUAACAAUAAUUGUUGCUUAAGUCUUUGAGGAUGCAUUGAUAUUCCCAACAACCAUCGAUUUGUAUAUGAUAUAGUCUUUUUAUGUCAGAUAAUUGUUAAGAAAAUUAUUAUUUAGUCAAAAUUAUUCAACUAUAAUCUAAAAUUUACAAAGAUUUUUGCAACAAUUCAACAGAUCAAUACAAAAAUAUUACUCAUUAUAUAUUGUAAUAUUUUUUUUAAACAAACAAUUAUAUUUGACGACCAUAACAUAAUUUAGGCAAGUGCCAGUUUUAAAGUUGAUGGAAAAUGAAUGAGAUAGAAUGAGUUUUCUUAAGUUCCACAAUUGUGAAUAAAACAAUCAGUAUAACAAUUGCAGCUAUCAUUUUAAGGUAUUUAGUCGAUCAAGAAUAUAAAAAAUUGCUGGAUAAUCAUUUUAGAAUUAUGUCUUAUUUAAAAAAAAAAAUAAUGUAAUGACAAUUUUUUAAUAUUUUAUAAAACUAUCGUACUCUGUGUUGAAACUGUGGUUCAAGUACUAAUUUUAUUCAAUGAAAUUAAAAUUAUAUUUAAGUAAUGUAAGCGAAUAAAUUUUUUCAAUCUAAUAAAAACAAACGCGAAUAUAAAUGUAAAAAUAAUUUGUAAUGAUCUAUUCGACUGUUCAAAUUAUAUAGUAUAUAUGUGAAUUACUUUUGCAUCACAGAGUUAAACAAUUAUAUAGUUUUUGUCCAUUAGAAAAUAAAAUUAAAGAUAUAAUUGAUAGUCGUGUGUAUACGAAAGCAAUUUUUAGAAAAGACAUCAAUUUUUAGUCGAUUAGUUCUAUGACAUUAAUUGAAAAAUUUAU